GACAGGGUUGUUUUCCCCAAACUGAUGCACAAAAAACAGUGAGACAAAAACAGAGAAAGGAGAUCUUUAUAUACACAAAACCAAUUGACCCUGAUAUCAAAUACAUGGUAAAAGAAAGCAACACUAAACAGACAUUAGAGAUUUCAGCAUUCAUCAUGUUUCUGAAGCCACAAUAUUUUUGGUAGGUAUAAACCCCUCGCAUAACUGAAUGUCCAUCACAGAGUUUCAAUGUGUAUUAAAUAGAUGCUGUGAGAAAUACUACAAAUAUAAAGUUAUAGAAAAUGAUUAUUUAAUUCAUAGCUUUUUUGUUGGCAUCACGAGAUUAUAAUAAAGACACAUACCUGAUGAGAGCAGAAUCCCCCAGAUAAGAACAAACAUCCUGAUUCGAUGAUGUCGACAGACCGUCUCUAUCGUUUGCAGAAUUAAAAACAUAAACAAAUAAUUACAUCAAAUAAACAAAACUCUCAAAUAUGUCAGUGGAUACGACUGGAUCAAGAACAACUCCAACAUUGCCAGCACAGCUUCAGAUACAGGGUGUUGCAUCUCCUGAAGUAACAUUCAUAAAUGUGGCUUAGAUCUGCUUCAGGAUUAUUAGUCUCUUGAAAUGUUGUAUUUCCUAAUGUUUUGUUGCAUCUGCUUUUUUCAUCAAAAAUAACAGAUGUUGGUUGAAGGUUUCCCUUUGUAGCGUGAACAUUACUUAUUCCCUUCACACUUCUCGUGAGAGGAUGUCAUUUGUCUUUUGGAAUGACUUUCAGAUAGCUUUACUGAAAUACACUUUGGAACAAAACUUGUUGAAGCUCCUUCAUUAUUUUUGUAUGAAUGUCUGAAUGCAUUAGAUAAAAGCAUACAUCAAUAAUAGCUACACAAUAAAACAUAUACUACUUAAAAUUCACAGCCCUAAAUAAAUACAUAGCCUACAUGGAAGCUAAAGAUGUAUUUUGUUGUGUUUGAAUGUGAGAACAUGUGAAGUAAAAUUGGUGUUUUUUAUUAUUUGUAUCAUCAGUUCAAGUUGUGUCUUUCCAUGUGACUUCCUCAUGGUUUACUUGAUGCUGAUUGGUUGAGAUCUCUGGGCCACCAUAUUAUGGAGCCAAUAACGUCAAGUCUUCUGAGUGCAGUUUCAUUUCUUGAUUAGUAACUUCAUGUGCAGGUGUGGAUAAUCACUGACACUCUGGCCAAAUUCCAAACUUCCCCCUACCCACUUCUACUCGGUGACAGGGUGAACUCCGUCUGUCGUCACACUCACAGCUGAAUGAGGCUCCCUUUUUUCAGCUCCCCCAACGAGACACCUCCAACUCCAGACAGGUCCCAGGCUUCGUCCACUCCGCCAGCGAGGGCAAACAACCGGGGCCACAACAGGCACAGCCAGCUCCAAUCUCCCCACCAACUGCAGCCUGCCUCAUUAGCAGCCCCCGGCCACUCGCAGCGGCGCACCCGACAUGCCUCUCGGACGGAGCCGCGCUCCGAAACAGAGCCCGAACUCCAACGUUUCCUGAAAGAAAACGGCAUCCACUUUCACCGAAACGACAACAAGGCUAGACUGUUCAACCUCUACAAAGCCUACAGCAGCACAACGGCAAGAACAACGACACACACAGCUCUUCCUGCUCCAGAGCCAACCAUCGCGCGGGGCGCGCGCAUCACGGGUCGUGACGUCACAGGCCUCCGUCCUCCUCCUCGGACACAGCCCUACUCACCAGCACCCCCUGGCGGGGGCCAGGUCGUAUUGCCCUCUGUGCCUGCUCACAGGCUUCACGAAAAUCCCCUUGCACAUACAUCCCUUCAUCCCUCCAUCCCUUCUUCUUUCCUACCUUCAGCAGUCCACAGCAACCCAGCUUCCGCUUACCUUCCUCCUCUAGCAGCCAACCCCGUAGCAACAACGCCUCACCCAGUGAGCAGACGCUCUGGUCUCCCUCUCUCUGACCCUCGCAGUGAGCAGACGCUCUGGUCUCCCUCUCUCUGACCCUCGCAGUGA